AUGCUUCUCUAUCAGGUUUUGGUCUGCUUGUUGUUGCGGACAGUGUAUGCGAGGAACAGCUCUCCUUUCCAGCUUCACGAUGAGGCAUCAAUGGCAUUGCUGGGUUCAAGCAACCAGACCAUGCUAAUGCCAGGACUCGGUUCUGAUCUUGACCAAACUGCAAGCCUCUUCACAGGCUUGGACAAACGACAAAGCUGCCAACCAGGUUAUGGCUUCUGUGAUCGAUGGAACAUCUGCUGUCCGGAUGGAGCUGGUGCGCAGUGUUGUCAAGCUUCCGCGACGUGCGUUACACAGGGACAGGAGUGCUGCAGCGCGGAAGCUGGAGUAGAUGCUUGCGAUGUAGGACAGAAAUGCUGCGUGGGAGGCUGCGCACCAGCAGACUCAACAUGCUGCAGCGGAGGCCGCUACUGCGACGGCCAGUUCCCCCAGUGCUGUCAGGGCGGAGGCUGCGUCCCAGAUGGUGCGCAAUGCUGCGAUGGCUUCUUCGCCGACGGCAGACGCAAAUACUGCGAAGCCGGCAACAGCUGCUACGCCUUCGACGACUCUCCCAACGACAUCUUCUGCUGCACAAACAGCGCCUGCACCGCACGAGUCGAAGGCGGCACUUCCAUCACCGUCACAUCAUCCAUCCCGACCUCCACACAACUCGCCCGUACCACGGAGAUUGCCCGCACCACGCAAAUCACGCGCACAGUCUACUACAAUUUCACCUGCACAUGGUACUACUACCGCUACUUCUUCGCCAUCUACCAGCAAGCCUCGGCCGUAACCUCAACGAUCCGGACCACGACGACCACCUUCUCUGUGCAAGCCACCAACUCGGCGGAGGCUUCGAGUUUGGCGAGUGUGCAGUUUGUGACGAUUACGGCGACGCCGCCGGCGGAUGCGAGUACGCAGCUGGCGACGUAUUCUCGUCUUGCGAGCGCGACGCCGUCGGAGGGGCCGUUGCCUACUGCUGUUGUUGGAGGUGGGGGUGGGGAUGGGGACAAUGCUGUUAUGGGGCCGAGUGCGACGCAGGCUGUGGGUGGGGGACAGGUUGCUGCAGCUUCUGCUCGGGUGUGCUUUUCUGGUGCUUUGCUUUUUGGGGCUGGCUUGGUGAUAGCGGUAGUGUUGUGCGGAUGA